AUGCCUCCGUCUACAGUCUUUUCUUACUUGCGGCGCGAGCAUCGUCGGCCUAGCCCACCAGCUACCUCACCAUCGCCGACAACCCACCCGUCAACUGCGUUGCCAGUUAGUAGCCACCUCCCGCCGCAGCUCUCUCUACCAGAUUCGCCUUAUUCGCCCAAGCUUUCGAGUACGAUUGGCGAGCCGACUUCGUGGUUUGGGACACCGCCCCUGCAGCAACACCAGCAGCAGUCGGAAUACAACAACAUCAAUAAUAAUAGGCAUAAUAAUUACUGUGGGAAGUUGGAGAAUGGCUCUGAUACAAAGAAGAAACAAAUUGGUAACAAUGGUGGCAGUGGUCGAGAAAAUAUUACGUCGCUAUCAGCGUCACCACGAGUUAGUAUCCCUCCGCUCAUGGUGCGCCCACAUUCGGCUGGAAAUGGUGAUUCGAAGAAGCCACUGCCGUCCGCCGAUUCCCAGCAACAGGCAGCAAUGUUACGACCCGAUCAUCACGAUUCUGCUCCCCACAGUAGCAAACCUACCUCUCCUUGGAAGCUUACAUUUGGCAAGAAUAUACUCUCGGACAGCUCGAAGGGCAGCGGUGGAAUUGCGGGUGGUUAUUCGCCAGGAAGCAAUAAUAACAACAGUGUACGGAUGAAGCCUUCUUCGCCUGACUCCUCCGGCGUCGAACGCAGCAGCAAUGCUUUUAUUCCUGGUCGUGAGUUAGCUAAACAAGAAGGCAACAGCAGCAGCAUCGUCAUCAGCAACAACAACAAUAAUAGCAAUUACUCUCGACGUGAUGCUAGCAGCCAUGAUACACACCACGAACCCGCCCCUUCUCGGGCGGGGAAAACGCGAUUGAAUCUCCUUAACCCCAUGGCCUUGCUGGCACGUCGUCGAUCGGGGCAGACCCUCACCCCGCGCCUGGACGAAAUAGGUGCAAGUCGGCUGGGACUACCUGCGUUGCCAGAUGACUAUGAUCCAAGGAUUCGAGGAAACCGUUUUCAUGAUUUCUCCGCCCCGCGGCCGAGACCGAAUGUACCCAUGAUGAAACAGCAGGCUGUAGAUAGUCAACCAGUGAAUGUGCAGGAUUUCCAAAAUAAGAAUCUUCCGCCUGUCCUUCUUUCGCCAGCGGACAGUUUGAAGAAUGAAAACAAGGAAUCACCUGUUAAUAGUGACAGAAGCCAUACGGAAACUCCGUCGACUGGGCGUACUCCAUCCUCUGCCCGGCUGCAUUCUGCUGUCGAACCCCACGAUAAACCGCUGCCUUUACGACAAGCAAGCUCCAGAAAACAACAAGGACAUAGGGCCUCGAUGUCCUCUGACCUCAGGUCCUCCAGUACAAGGUCCAAAGCGUCAACGGUCUACGAUGGCUCGUUUCAACCUUCGGGUUUACCCAGACAUCUCACGAGCAGUGCAUCCCGAUUUAGUUUUGACAUGGCGAACGGAGACUCAGCGUCCCAGGAGCGUAUUAUGGAGGAGAAGCACAAGCAGAAAGAAGCUGCUAAAAGAGCAAAAGCCCAACUCGAUCGGGCGAAUGAUUCUGACUCUGAAGAAUUUGACUACGAUGCCAUGAUGGAUGAUGAUGGGCUGGAAGAGAGGAUUCCCGGCGUGAAUGCCGAUGCAGACUCUGGAGAUGAGUUUGAUGGAUUCACGGGCCAGGGACAUGUGUUUGGACACCCGGGCAAUCAGUUGUUCGUACCUGUAUUGCCUCCUGUACUAUCUAAUCCUAUGAGUCCGCUGGAUUUGAACUAUUCCACGCCUCUCUCGCCAGUGAACGACAUGCCAACCCCGCUAAUGAUAAGUCCUAACCCUGUAUUUGCUGGGCUUAGCUCCGGGACUGGCGGUAUCUUUCCGCCCAAUGGUCCACUAGCCAACAACACUGCUUUCUCUCAGAAUGAUACAGACGCUUCGACAGCACCUACCGAACCAGGGCUUCAACGACCUUCCCCGCUUUUUAGCCAAGGUGUGGAGGAGAGGUCUUCGGUUUACCCUGAAAGCGAUGAAGACGAUUUGUAUUUUGACGAUGGCAUGAUUGAUGAUAUCUUGGGGGAUAUUGAUGGCGAAAAGUUCGACGAAUCGGUUUUCGACGAUGAGACCAGUCAUCUCUACGAACGGAAGCCAAAAUGUAAUCCCCAGUUGCAGACGGGGCCUGGCAGUGACGGGAUCGCAGUGGGUAAUGAUCAACAGAUAGAAGAGUAUAGUGUCAACGAUGGCGAUGAUGAGGAGGAUGGAAAGGUUCCUCUUGCAGCCCAGAGUAGUCUGAUGCACCACAAUAUAUCUCUCAAGAACGGGGGUAUAAGUGAAGUGACGGGACGUUUGACAGAGCAGGAAAUUCACCCAAGUACCAUCCGUGGCCUGACACAAGGGAAUCUCGAGAAAUACCACAGCGCCCUCGCCAAGGCGGCCAACGAAGCCGCGCUCAACGGCCGAUUUGAACGAAGCGGCAGUGUCAGCGAAAGGUCUAGUGAUGCAGGCAACGCACCGCUCUCACCCGACUCCCAUCCAGGCCUUACCGCUGAUGACAGCCGCGUCAGCCAAAACGUCGACCCGAUGGCCUUUGAAGAAGUUUUCGAUGACUUCGACUAUAACGACGACUACCUCGACGACGACGCGAUAAUUGCAGCCGCCAAUGCAGAAGCCCUCGAGAACGACGACGAGGGCUUCUACGGGCAAGAAUUCGGAUUUUACCCACAAGCUCUAGCCAGCAACUGCGACGGACAGAUGGUGCUGGGAGGCUAUUUUGGCACGCGCAGCGUCGAGGGCAUCACGAGGAGCCAUAGCGGCCGUGUCAAUUUCCAAGAGCCCAGCCUCACGCCCAUUACUGAACGUAGCGAGUGGAGUACGCGAAACUCGAUCAUUUCAUUGACGGCGCAUGCUGCUGCUGCUGCUGCUGGCGGUGCGGGUGCAUCAUUCACAAACCCUCCACCUCUGGCACAUCUUGGUGAUCUGGGCAAUAUCGAUGAUCAGAUGAAUGCCCUUAUGAAGCUCAGGCGCGGGGCGUGGGGAGGAAGCAAUGGCAGCUUGCGGAGUAGCGCAGCCAGCCAUGGUGGCUCUCCUGUCGCGGCUACCAUGGCAGCGGCGGCAUCCAGCCGGGGGAGCUUUACUAGUUUCCACGACAUGUUGGCUGAGCAAGGGCGAAGCGGCAGCAGCGGCAGCAAUCACAACACCAACACCAAUAAUCACAGUAAUAAUUCUAAUACGGUGUUGACUGGGUCGCCGGUAGCCACGGAAAGUACCAGCUAUGGCAGCAGCAGCAGUUUCUCCCACCCGCAGCAGCAAGUCUAUUCUUAUCCCCAUUCCCACCCGUAUCGCAAUCACCAUCAACAGCAGAAUCCUCAUCAUUCGGACAAUGAUUUCUCACCCCUUUCCUCCUCCUCUACGUACAAUUAUAUAACCACACCGUCCGACAAGGAUAAACCCCUCUCUCCACUCAAAUACUCCGAGCAAAAGCACCAUCAUCACGACCGUUCCCGUCUCCCACUCGAAGCAGAGCCGGACGAAACCAAGGUCACCGACGCCACGGCCACGGCCACAGCCACCUCUGAUUCCAAAGAGGACAACAGCACCGCUGCCAGCACCAGGAUAUCCCAGCACAGUCGCGCCAACAGCACGACCGAGAGCAUCAGCUACGUCAAGGAGACUGAUGAGGCGGGCGGUGACCGGUGGGUUCUUGAGAGGCGGCGGACGAGUGAGAGUGGAGAGCGCGAGGUUGUGGAGAGGGAAGUUAUGGCUAGCGGCCUGAUAUGA